CUGGCCCCGGCCCCCCUGCGCAGGGCCAGGCCCAUCGCCGACCUCCACGCCGCGCAGUGGUUCCUGGCCAAAUACGGCUGGGCUGAGGGACCCCGGAGGACAGCGGAGGCGUCGGGGGGCGCCGGCCCCGGGAGGCCGGCCCCGGGGCCCGUGGGUGCCGCCCUGGCUGAAGCCAUGCGAAGAUUCCAGAAGGUCAACGCGCUGCCGGCCAGCGGGAAGCUGGACCCGGCCACGCUGGCCGCCAUGAACAGGCCUCGCUGCGGCGUCCCGGACACGCGGCCCCUGCCCCAGCGCCUUGCUCGGAGCCCCCGGGCCCGGCCGGCAUCUCUGCAAACCACACACCCGCGCUUAGCUGCCAAGGCGACUCGUACCUGCUGGGGGCUCUCCCCCCUCGCCUCUUCGGGGACGCCGGACCCCGGCGACACAGCCAUGAGGCUUCUCACCCCAGCAGUCACGGGCAGCCUGAGGGACCGGCCCGCCCCCGUGGGCCUUUGUGAACACACUGGACGUCGGGCUUCUCGGGAUGCCACUGCCCGAGAGGCGCUGCGCGGCACCACCGCCCGGUCCGAGCGGUUCCGCGCCCUGUGCCACGGCAGCCGACACGCGGGAGUGGGCCGGGCAGGGCCCGAAGGGGGCGAGGACGGCAGCGGCCGAGCCGAGCAGCACUGCCAGGCGCCAUCUGCCAGGACGCGGGUCGCUGGGCGCUCUGGACCCGAGGCUCAGUCGGGACAUCACUACUGGAGGUACGACAGUGACCAGGACCAAGCCCACACGGAGGACGAGCAAGGCCGACGCUACCCGAGGCCCAUCUCGGAAGGCUUCCCCGGCAUCCCCAGCCCCCUGGACACGGCCUUCUAUGACCGCAGGAAGCGGCUCGUCUACUUCUUCAAGGAGGCCUCUGUGUUUGCGUUUGACGUCGACAGGAAUCAAGUGCUCGGUUCUUAUCCCAAGAAGAUGACCGAGGUUUUCCCGGGCAUAGAGCCAGGAAACCACCCCUUCAGGAGCAUCGACGCCGCGUACUACUCGUACGCACACAAGUCCCUCUUCCUCUUCAAAGGCAACGCCUACUGGAGAGUGGUGAGCGACAGGGACAAGCGGCACGGCGCCCGGCUGCCCGCCAACGGCUUGCUCCCCCAGCGGCCUAUCUCCGAGGCCUGGUCUGACGUGUGCGACGUCCACGCCUCCGCCUUGAGCGUGUGA